AUGAGAGUUUCAUCACAAAACUCAGAAACCGAGAGCACCUCAAAUUCAUCACCAUCAACAACAAAUUCAAACUCAAUUCAAGACCAAGAUUCCAACAACAACAUCAACAACCUUAAACGCAACCGCGACUCCAACAAACACCCCGUCUACCGAGGCGUUCGCAUGAGAAAUUGGGGAAAGUGGGUGUCCGAAAUCCGCGAGCCUCGCAAGAAGUCGCGGAUUUGGCUCGGCACUUUCCCCACAGCCGAAAUGGCAGCCAGAGCCCACGACGCUGCAGCUCUCUGCGUUAAAGGAAAAUCCGCCAUUCUCAAUUUCCCUCACCUCGCAGAUUCUCUUCCUAAACCCGCUUCUUUAGCCCCGCGCGACGUUCAGGCCGCGGCGGCUAAAGCAGCUCAAAUGACCAACAAUUUGGAAUCACCAUCAUCUUCUUUUUCACACUCGUCAUCGUUGUCGUCAUCUUCGCUGACGCUGACAACGAUGUCAUCGUCAUCAUCGACAAGUCUGCUGAUGAAGACAGCAACAAAACUGUCUUCAUCAGCAGACUUAUCAACAACCUCUGACGAACUCAGCGAGAUAAUCGAGCUACCUACUCUAGAAAACGGUUAUGAUGAUGUUACAAAAGAAGAGUUUCUCUUUGUUGACUCACAAUCACAAGACUUUACAUGGAUGUAUCAACAACCAAUAACAUGGCUACAAACACCACAAGAAAACGGUUGUUGUGGUGAUGCUGAUUAUAAUGAUGAAUUUGGUAACAAUAAUGGUGUUGUAACUAAUUUCGAGAGUUUUCUCUGGAACUACUAG